AUGGCUGGGCGGGGUGUGGCCGUGGCGACGUCGCCCAUUUCUGCUGCCAGCAACGACGGCUGCGCCGGGGCUGGUGAGUGUGGCGCCGCUGCGCCCAGCAACGAUGUCUCGUCAGAGCAGCUUCACCUCAUCGCACGCCGCAUGAGCCGCGCGCUGCUGCGGCAUCCGCAGCUCUCCUCUUUUGACACCGACACGUGCGCGAUGUACGGCGCUCUCCGCGACUUCUUCACGCGGUGGUCGGAGCGGCAGCGGCGGGCGGCGUCGAUGUGCCUCGCGGCAGAGCAGGUGGCGUGCCUGCUGCAGUACGGCGAGGCGGCAAUCCGCAGAGCCGCGCUCGCG